GCAUUCCCAGAGUGAUCACGACACCAAACAAUACCGGAGCGACGACUGAUGGCCUGUAUCUCCUAGCCGUUACUGGCCGCACCCUCACACCCGCACCCCACCUUCACCGCGUCCCUUGAGCGCGUUGCUUGACUGCGUAGACACACUCAGUUUAGAUCCUGUUUGGCACCCUCUUUAACACUCACUACCUCCCAAGAUGUGUGGUAUCAUUGCCGUGAUUCAUGGGGAUCCGAAAUCGCAGUCGGCAGCCGUGGAGAUACACGAUGCCCUCUAUCUACUCCAGCACCGUGGGCAAGAUGCAGCGGGUAUCGUCAGCUGUAGCUCUGGCGGGCGCUUUCACCAGUGCAAGGGCAAUGGCAUGGCCUCAAAAGUCUUCCAGGAUGGCGCCCGCGUCUCCGAGCUGCCCGGCUUUAUGGGCCUUGGCCAUCUGAGGUACCCAACUGCUGGAAGUAGUGCAAACUCCGAGGCGCAGCCUUUCUAUGUCAACAGCCCGUAUGGCAUCUGCAUGACGCACAACGGGAACCUGAUCAACGCACCUGCGCUGCGACAGCGCCUCGAUCACGAAGCGCACAGGCACAUCAACACCGAGAGUGAUAGCGAGAUGAUGCUGAACAUCUUCGCGGAUGAGCUGAAUGAGACGGGAAAGGCGCGUAUCAACGCCGACGACUGCUUUGCAGCCCUGGAGCGCAUGUACAAGCUGUGCACAGGUGGUUGGGCAUGCACAGCCAUGCUUGCCGGGUUUGGUCUCAUCGGCUUCCGCGAUCCCUACGGUAUCCGCCCAAUGGUUCUGGGUAGUCGGACAUCUGAAUCUGGCCACAAGGACUACAUGAUGGCUUCUGAGAGCGUAGCCCUGGUGCAGUGCGGAUACAAGGACUUCCAGGACAUCCUCCCCGGGCAAGCCGUGAUCAUCGAAAAGGGCAAGGAACCCGUGUUCAAGCAGGUUGCUGAACAAGCCAACUACACUCCAGACAUCUUCGAGUAUGUCUACUUUGCGCGUCCUGAUUCCGUCAUUGACGGCAUAGACGUUGAUGAGAGUCGGCGCAACAUGGGAUUCACACUCGCGGACACCAUUAGGCGACAGCUUGGUCCCCUGGUGCUGAAAGAAAUCGAUGUCGUGAUGCCAAUUCCAGAGACUGCGAUUACUUCGGCAGUGUGCGUUGCAGAAUCACUAAACAAGCCGUAUGUCCAAGGCUUCGUCAAGAAUCGCUACAUUUUUCGCACAUUCAUCAUGCCAUCACAAAAACUUCGCCAAAAAGGCGUCCGAGCGAAACUAAAUGCCAUGGAGAAGAAAUUCAAAGGCAAGAACGUUCUGCUUGUCGACGACUCCAUCGUACGAGGGACCACAUCUCGAGAAAUUGUACUCAUGGCCCGCGAGGCUGGCGCUAAGAAGGUCUACUUCUCAUCCUGUGCUCCGCCUAUCACCAACGCACACAUCUACGGCAUCGAUCUAGCAUCGUCCUCCGAGCUCAUUGCGCAUCAUCGGGAUUCAACUGCCAUAGCCAAGCACAUUGGUGCAGACGAUGUCAUCUUCCAGACGCUCGAGGAUCUUGAGAGCGCCUGCGCAGCUCUCUCCCCUCGUGAUCCCAAGACUCAAAAGUUCGAAGUCGGCGUGUUCUGCGGAAAGUACGUGACGCCUGUGGACGAUGGCUACUUCGAGCAUCUUGAAAGGAUUCGAGGGGAAACUCGUAAGCACAAGGUCAUGGAGAAGGCGCGUGAAGCCGUCGUCCAUGGGGUGGCGGAUCAGACGCAGGAGGUCGACCAACACGGUAAUGUUGUUCCAUCAGGCCCGAACGGAAGUUCUGGACAACCCCUGACCCAAGAUGCUGGGAGUGGCCAGGCAACCAACUCCGACACAAGUGGCGACGGAGAAGAGCAAAAUCGACAUGCAAGUAGCCAGGACAUCAGCUUGCACAACCAGUACGAUUACAAUUGAGAUUUGCGUCUGUGGUUGUUGGCUGGGUAGAUAUGCACGGCCUGUUUUGCACGAAAGCGCAAGAUGCUGCACUAUGAAUCAUGAGUAUAUGGAAAUGACUUGACUGGGGCAUAACUUCUGG